AUGACUGCUAACAUGAAGAUCCUAUGCACAGCUCUCAGUAAAUUAAGAGUGGACCAUGUAACAAAAAGACAACAUACAUUUUACAAACCACCUAGGUACCGGCCACCCUAUUGGUUUACUCCAAAAGAGAGAGUGAUGAGUGAAGAUUUAUUAACCCAAGAAAACAAAGAUUUUAUAGAAGAAAUCAUGCAAGAGAAACUUAAUGCACAAGUAACAUUGGAAUCUCCCUUAGCAAAAGUAGAGCAGCAAACAGUUCAAUGGAAUCCUUUUACUCGUAGAGUCGGUUUGAUUGCUCGCAAAAUUGGUAAUUAUCCUCUAUGGUCUAAGGAAGGAAAGAAAUUUCAGACAACUCUCUUGCAGGUAGUUGACAAUCAUGUUAUUAAAUAUAUACCUCCACACGAAUUCAAUCCAAUGAAGACUAAGAAAAUGCUUAGGAAAGAAAACCCAAGGCUGGGUUGUCUUCUAGUUGGAUUUAUGGUGUCACCCCAUGCAGCAUUGCCCACAGGAACACCACUGUUUGCCACACAUUUUAGAGUGGGUGAUCAUAUUGAUGUUAGAGCAAAAACGAUAGAUAGAGGAUUCCAAGGUGUAAUGAAAAGGUGGGGAUUUAGUGGAAUGCCAGCAUCGCAUGGUGUUACAAAAACACAUAGGAGGCCAGGUAACAUUGGUGCUGGUGGUGAAAAAGCACGAGUUUGGCCAGGUACCAAAAUGCCCGGUCACAUGGGCAAUAGAUGGAGAACCUUGAGAGGUGUUAAAAUUCUACGUAUAAACACAAAGCAUAAUAUUCUAUGGACUUUAGGAGUUGCCAUUCCUGGAGAAACAGGAACUGUAUGUUAUUUAUAUGACACAGUAUUACCACUCAAAAAACUUAAAACUGCACCGCCAUUUCCUACACACCUAGGGAGUGAUGAUCUGCCAAUGGAAUAUUACGAUGAAUCUGUUCAUCCAUUUGACAGUGAUACAAUUUUAUUUGAUGAAGUA